CGUGCACGCACGCAGUCUCGCUAUUAUGACGUUAUUACAGAGCUGGUUUUUUCCUCCUCCCUCCGUCGUUAAUGAGUUCAGACCGGGCACGGACAUCCGCGAAGCUCACCGGGCUGUGAGACGCAGCUCGGUGUCUGGCUGACGGGACGCUUGGUGAUGCUGACCUGCCCUGCUGACUGCACCCCCCCCCCCCCCCCCAAAUGUCCUAAUUGGUUCUCUGUGCUGCAGGUGGUGGAUUGGAACACUCUGAUUGGAGACUUAGUGAGGUGGUUUGUCGGUCUGGCGCCACCACCCCCCGGGGCCGGCGUGCGCUCCCAGCAGCCCGUGGUCCCCUGUGCCCUGCCCUCCCCAUCACUGCACAACAGAGCCCAUGCCCAGGGAGGAGGAGCUGCACAUCUGCCAGGAGCCAUGUGCCUCCCUCACCCCAACAUGGAAAGUAAGUUACAGGGGCCGGGGCCGGGGGGAGGAACUUCACUUCGACCAAGAGCAGGCGGCGUUCCACUGGAGCCCUUUAUACAUCAGGUGGGCGGUCACAGCAGUAUGAUGCGUUACGAUGACCACACUGUGUGCAAGCCUCUGAUCAGCAGAGAGCAGCGUUUUUACGAGUCGCUGCCUCCUGAUAUGAAGGAGUUCACUCCAGAGUACAAAGGUGUGGUGCUCGUUUGCUUUGAAGGCGACUCUGAUGGCUACAUCAACUUGGUGGCCUACCCAUACGUUGAGAGCAGCACGGAGGGAGGCGGCGGCGAUCACGACGAGCGCGACGCCUCUGAGAGAGAACAGCCGAGGAGGAAGCACUCCCGCCGCAGCCUUCAUCGCUCCUCCUCCUCCCUGGAGCACAAGGAGGAGCGAGCUGACAGGAGGGACUCCCAUGAUGCAGACGCUUCUGAUAACAGUCUGGCAGAGCUGAAGAGUCCUCGGCUCGACCCCAAGCUCCAUUCAGAUGUUCCCUUCCAGAUGCUGGACUGGAACAGUGGUUUGAGUGCGGAGAAGAUCAGCCACAACCCUUGGAGUCUGCGCUGCCACAAACAGCAGCUGAGCCGCAUGAGAUCCGAAUCCAAAGACCGCAAACUCUUCAAGUUCCUGCUGCUGGAGAACGUGGUUCACCACUUCUCGUACCCCUGCAUCCUGGACCUGAAGAUGGGCACCAGGCAGCAUGGAGACGAUGCUUCAGAGGAGAAGGCGGCCAGGCAGAUGAAGAAGUGUGAGCAGACCACUUCUGCCAAGCUGGGGGUCAGAGUGUGCGGCAUGCAGGUGUACCAGCUGAGCACUGGCCACUACCUCUGCAGGAACAAGUACUACGGACGCAGCCUGUCUGCCGAAGGCUUCCGCCAGGCCCUGUACCAGUACAUGCACAAUGGGAAGUGCCUGAGGCGGGACCUCUUUGAGCUCAUCCUGAAUAAGCUCUGCAGCCUGAAGGCGGUGCUGGAGCGCCACGCCUCCUAUCGCUUCUACUCCUCAUCGCUGCUCGUCAUCUACGAGGGAAAGGAACCAGAGGGUCCAGUCUUCCUGAACACGGGGCAGACUGUGUCUUGGCAGAAGAGUCCUGCAGAGUCGCGGUCCGGCCCCGAUGCCCAGCCGCAACAGCCCCUGUGUGGGAGAGACUUCAGCCAGAACCAGGAGCCAGGAUCACUGUCCUCGCCCAGACCUGGAUUCAAGGCUUCUCAUCCUCCCCCCGCCCUGACAGACUGCAGGCCCCUCCUCCCCCCAUCACCUCAGCCCCACGCAGAGUCCCAGCACCCGCCCACAUUACUCUCUGUCGGCUCCUGUCCCCCCGCCCCCUCUCUGCCUCCGCAGCAGCCCUCCCUGGUGGAUGUUCGUAUGAUCGACUUCGCCCACUCGACCUUCAAGGGUUUCCGCGGAGACACUGCAGUGCACGACGGGCCCGACCAGGGCUACGUGUUUGGACUGGAGAGCUUGAUCAGGAUCCUGGAGAGCCUGCGUGAUGACAAUCUGCCGUAGCGUCGCGCACCCGCGCAGUUUGUCGGGAGUUGGUCCGAGCUGCGUUUCUCACUGUAAAUACAGACCUGUUCCUACAGGAAUACGACCAUCCCACAAUGUAGAUGUUGCUAUAGCGACAACAGGAGAUACAACAAUAUGAUGACAUUGGCUGUCACGAGCUCCGCCCACCCCACCCCCCACCCCUUUCUUUUUCCUCCCAGUAUUCCCCAGACUCGCAGAAGCCAAACUUGUGGAACAAUGGGAACAAACCCCCCCACCCCACAUCUGUUGAAGCAAUAGAAGACCCAUAAAGUACCGCGUGUGCGUCUUAAUCCAGUCCGUGUCCUGUAAUUAUCCUGUGGGUCGGCGUGUUGGUGCCAUGUUUUCAGAUGGACUCCUCAAAUGUGUCACAACUAGAGCUGAAACGAGCGCUUUAGUUUUUUAAUGUCUAUAUAUAUAUAUAUAUAUAUAUAUAUAUAUAUAUAUAUAUAUAUAUAUAUAAAUCACUCAGCCGAGUCCAAAGUCUUAAAUUAUAUUUUUUGAUGUUAAAACGAAAAGCUUUUUGUCCUCAGCUGUUCAACACCAAAACUGAACAUUUGUGAUCCAGGUCCUGUUUUUGUCCUGUUAAAAAUUAGAAAUUUAAUUUAAUUUGACCCCACACAAACGCACACACACACACAGAGUAAAUUAUUUUUGUAAUUUGACCCCCCCCCCCCCCCCUUCAUGUUUCAUCUUAUGUCACAGUUAAAACAUUUUUAAAGUUCACUGCAUUUGAAGUGCAACAACAUCUCAGUGAGCCGAUCUGUCAGAACGCGGCCUGAUACAGAUCCCUGGACCUGAUCCCGGUGUGGGCCCCAUCCUGAAGUUAAUCGACUGUUUCAGCACUAGUCGUGACCAAACAUUUGUCUUUCUGUGAGAUUUUAACCACGUGACCAAUCACAUUUGAUCAGGCGAGGGUCUGUCAAGCUGAAAAACCAAGAGACAAGCUGCAGCACUGUAUCGCCCCCUAGUGGGCACGAACAGGAGACAGAACAAGAGAGAAUCUGAAUAUUUUAUUUUUGGUUUAAAAGUGAUUAUUUAUUUUUUCUAUUGGCUGUUGUCUUCUGUGUGUAAAAGCUGUAAAGUUGGUUUUAGCUGCAAUCUGUGUUUGAAGUAUCAAGAACAUGAGCGGUAUUCUUUGACA